GAGCGAUAUUGUGAGGGAGAAAUUGUGAAGGUUACAAACUGAAAGACGUGAUGUGCUACCAUAACAAGCACCGCAAUUAGGCGUGAAUUUCUUAUGUCCACCUAUAUUUUUUUUAUUGGUUACGGUUGAAGCGAAGGCGCCCGCUUGGCAGCGAAUCAGUAUUAAGGCAGCCGCUGUUUAUAGAUUUUGCAUCCUUGAGUUUUGGCAUAUUAUGAUUCGAAGAGUGUGUAGUUAAAAAUAUUACGAGAAAAGUGAAAAUUCCCUUUGCAGCUCAGUUUUUGUCUGUGGUCUUUUGACGCGUUUGCGCUGCUGGUUUAUUAACACAACUUGCACCGAGUUGCAGAACAUAUCGCUGACAAGGAGAAGUUUUGACGUUGUUCUGAAAAACCAAGCACAAUGUUCAUACGGAACAUAAAUGUCGGACUUGCUGUCGUAUGCGUUGUGCUCGGAACUACUGUAACAACCGCAGAAACGGUCUGCUACUUCGGCCAGGCACCAGACCCGGAAUCGAAUGAUUCCUACCGCUGGGUGAUCCCAAUUGAAGAUCCCUGCCGAUGUACGGAAGUCAAGCUCGGAGGAGUGAACACUUUCACAUCUCGCCUCCCCUUCAAAGUGAAAUAUUACGACACCUUUCUGCAAAGCCGCAAUUCGGAUGAGAUUCAAGCCUGGCUGAAUUGUACUUGCCGUGACCCGCUAGGGAUGGAGAGCGGUGCCAUACCAGAUAGCAGUCUGUCGGUAUCAGAUGUUGGUUACGCUGGCUUUUCCGCCGAAAAAUCUCGGCUCAAUGUCACAGCGGCUUGGUGUCCAGUCGCAGAAGAUCAGAACCAAUGGAUUCGUGUCGACCUGCAAUCUCCGACUACGGUUACUGGCCUGAUCACCCAAGGAAGACACCGGAGUAACGUCUGGGUGACGUCAUACAAAGUACAGCACAGCGACGAUGGGACUAACUGGAGUGAUGUUACUGGUACUGACGGGUUGCCAGUGAAGUUUCAGGGAAACGUGGACAAUGAAACCCCGGUAACCAACUACUUUCCCGCGGUGUUGAACACGCGUUUCAUACAAAUACGACCUCUCGCCUGGACGAGAUACAUCUGCCUGCGCUUUGAAUUGCUGGGAUGCAGACUUUCAGCUUGCCGUGACCCGCUAGGGAUGGAGAGUGGCAUCAUACCCGGUAGUAGUCUGUCAGCGUCAUAUGAAAACAAUUCCCCCGGUAAAUUUCGGCUCAAUGCUCACGAGGCAUGGUGUGCGUUCGUCUAUGACGAGGACCUAUGGAUUCGCGUAGAUCUGGGAGCAGUGACUACCGUUACUGGUCUGAUCACCCAGGGAGACAUACAGAAAUACGAGUGGUUAUUCACGCCAUUCAGGGUACAGUACAGCAACGAUGAGACUAACUGGAGUGACGUCAUCGGUGCCAACGGGUUAGCGAUACAGUUUCAGGGCAACGUGGACGGCGUUACCCCAGUAACCAGCUACUUCCCCGCGGCUGUGAACACGCGUUUCAUUCAAAUACGACCUCUCGAGUCGUACAUUUCCGUUUGCCUGCGCUUUGAAUUGCUGGGAUGCAGAGCUGCUUGAGUGGUUCGCGUGAAUUGUUGAAAUCUCUUGGAGCAUCGGAACAUCCCUGUGCAUCUUUCUCAAGAAGUGCAAGAUAAUUAACAAAUGAAGAAAAAAAUCUGAUAUGCCUAUGUUUACUGUUCGUGGUGUUGGUGAUAGAUAAGUACAUAAUGUUCAAAGUGGCGACGCUUUUGAAACUUUUUAGAAACGAAUUAGAAAUAGGGUUUAUUAAUAAAGACAUUGCACACUGUAAUAAGAAGUUUGGCUUAAAACACCUGUAACUUGUACCGUGCUUUAUAGGCAUGUGGGAUCAUGUGCAUUUAUGCUAAUUUAAGUAACCUACCGAAUUUUUAUCAACUAGCAUACUUGGAUUACUAAACACCCUGUGAAAUUAUUCCGUCUGGCUUAAAGUGUCAUUCAGAAGAAAUUCAGUGAUGAUUUCCAACGAUCAGUCCAUUUACUGAUUUUUAGAAUAAAGAGCGCUAUUGACGUAAUCGUGUGCGGUGAUCGAAAGGUUGUGCAUGAUUUCCACUGUUUUCUCGAAAAAUGUAGUAACCACGAAGCUGAAACUUCAACGGUUAAGUUUUGAACAUUCUUCUUUGGAUUGUGAGUGUGGUCUUAUGGAACCGAACAAAGUGCAUGAAAGAAAAAUGAUCCAAUAUGCCUUUAAUUUAUGGCAAUUUUGUGUGUUGCACCAGCUUCAACAGUUAUGAAUUUAAGAAUUUUUGCCAUCUCUGUACAUAUUUCGCUGUACAGUUUAUGGGCCUUCGAUAAAAAUUGGUUUUCUCUUUGUAAUGAAUCAAUUUUCGAUGAAGUUAAGAGAUGCGGAGUUCUCCCUCUAGAGGGCGCUCUAGCCAUUUACCCGCUUUUUCAAUUACACAUAGACGUGUUGACAGGCAAUAAUAAUAAACAUAUUCGCGUUUGAUGGUGUUUGAACGUUUUUGAACACAAAGUGGGAUAGAAAUAUGGUUUAAAAUAAUGAAAGUGCACUUAAAACCUUUUGCUUUCAAGUGAAUGGUACAUAACAUGUAUUGUUUUUCUAUUCACCGUGUAUUAGGACUUUGCUAGUGAAUUAUAUUUACACAAACCACGCCACAAGAUAGCUAUUCAGUUGCACACCGACAUGCUGGCAAAAAAUAAUGACUCUGUAGUUGAUUUUAGUAGGUGGUAAUAAAAUGAUCCGAUUGAGAGAGACAGCAUGAAAAAAAAUAUAAAACAACACAAAUACAAAACAAAUUGAAAUACACUAAAUUAUCUUUUUUGAUAUGCUAUAGCUAGUGCAUAAAAAAUAUCUGUAAAAAAGCCUGGAAAAUUGGAAGUUUAAUAUCAAAAAAUAUAAAAACGAAAAGUUUUAAGUUGGAGUAAGAUAGAUUAAACUAUUCUGCGUAACCCUUAUAUGCUAAA